AUGAAUGAAAGCGCCAGAGACUCUGUCCAAAUAGUGGACUCGCUUACGAGUGCCGCUGGGCUGGGCUCUGUGGCCCAGCUGAAGCGCCUGCUGGGCCGCGAGGAAAGCCGCUUUCGCUCGCUGGCCGCGGCAGCUGAUCUGGCGGAAAGUGCUGCAAAAAUUGGAGAAUUGAUUCAAGAAAAUAAAUCAACAGAAGUUCUGCAGGCCCGUAAGCGCAUAAAUAAGCUCAGGAGGUUUCGAUUUGCUGCUGCUGCAGCUUUGAAAUGCCUUUUGACUUGCCGGAUUCAGAUCUGGAGGCUGUGUGCAGAGUUGAACUGCAGCUGCGGAAACGAGCGCGGAAACAACUCAAUUAUGAAGGACUGA